GAUGAGUCUGGUUGUACCUCUAAAGUUUUCAACAUGGCAACAUUUAUACCACCGGCCUUCACCAGGAAACUGAAGGAUGUGUUGAGAUUCAGUGCCACAGUAGCUGAGGAGGGAACAGGUAUCAGUCGAUCAGAGAGCAAAGACAUCGGUUGGACUACUCCCUUGGGAAACUCACAUUUGUUGAUACACCAGAUGUGAUUGAGGACGGGGCAGUUAUGGAGGGCAAGAUCAAAGCAACCCACUACAAUGACACGGGCAUCGCUGACAGGACCGUCCAUCUGUUUAAAGGUCCGACGUGGAGCGCAGAGCUCUUGCAGAACCUGACCACAGACUCUGAUGGAGUGGCCCAGUUCUCUCUCAACACGACUACUUUCACAGGAGACUUUGAGCUCAUCGCCAGCCUCUAUACAGACAUCGAAUCAUACAGGCCGUUUCGUACCCCAUACUAUGACUCCGCAUCAAAGUCUGUGUCCAGACUGAUACCUGCAUCUUCAUACACAGCUUCAUCCAGCUCUGUGACCAUAAAGGCUAUAGAUGAGCCUCUUCAGUGUGACAAAGACACACCCAUCAGCAUUAAGUACACCUUCACUGGGGAGACAUUCAACACAAACUCUGUGGAUAUCAUUUAUAUGGUUUUAUCCAAAGGAGAGAUUGUUCACCAUGGCUUCACUGAGGCUUCAUUGAAGGGUUCCCAACCGGUCAUUAUGGGUGAGGUGUCCUUCAAGCUGUCUGUCAGUCCUGGGAUGGCCCCCUCAGUGCAGGUUCUGGCCUACUGUGUCUUACCCAGUGAGACGGUCCUGGCUGAGAGCAGAACCUUCUCAACUGAGAAGUGCUUCAGAAACAAGGUGUUGGUGCAGUUCUCUCCCCCUAAAGCGGUUCCUGGAGAGAAGAGCUCCCUGCAGCUGUCAGCUCAGCCUGGCUCUCUGUGUGGCCUCAGUGCUGUGGAUCAGAGCGUCUUAAUCCUGGAACCAGGGAAGCGCCUGGAUGCCCAGAAGGUUUUUGACAUGCGACCGCCGAUGGACUCGUUUGUGAGUUAUGAUGUUGAGGAUCCAGUGGAGUGUCUGAAAGUGAGACCUCGGCGAUCUUCUAUGCCCUACUACCCUGGCCAACUCUCAGACACGGGUGCCUUUGCUGUUUUCAAGAGAUUGGGACUGAAGACUGCAACUAAUCUGGUUUUACGGGCACCUGACUGCUUACUCUAUAAGGGGGAAACCUACCGCAAGGGAUACGCAUAUCCUGGAGUUCCCUAUGCGGUUGCUUUCCGUGAAAUGGCUGAACCAGGUGGACCUCCUCCUGAGGAUUUUGGUGUGACUGUGCGUACAGUCUUCCCAGAGACAUGGAUCUGGGACCUUGCAGAGGUCGGAGAGUCUGGAGAAGCACAAGUCCCUCUCACUGUCCCUGACACCAUCACCACCUGGGAGACUGAGGCUUUCUGCCUGUCCCCCCAGGGCUUUGGUCUGGCCCCACCAGUUCAGCUCACAGUUUUCCAGCCCUUCUUCCUGGAGCUCUCCCUGCCAUACUCCAUCAUUCGUGGAGAGACCUUUGAGCUCAAGGCAACGGUUUUCAACUACCUGCCCAAGUGUAUUAUGGUUACAGUGACUCCAGCCCCUUCAUCAGACUUCACUCUGACCCCCUCCUCUGAUGGCCAGUACUCCUCCUGUCUGUGUGCAAAUGGCAGGAAGACCUUCAAAUGGACACUAGUGCCCUCUGUGCUCGGACUGACGAAUGUUACCAUGAGUGCAGAGGCCACACAGUCCCAGGCAAUGUGUGGCAAUGAGGUUGUGUCUGUGCCAGAGAAAGGUCGAAUGGACAUAGUAACACGCCCCCUGCUGGUUAAGGCUGAAGGAAGUGAGAAGACUGAAAGUUUCAAUUGGCUCUUGUGUCCAAAGGGGGGCGCUCUAACGGAGGAGGUGGAUCUGAAACUCCCAGCAGCUGUCGUGAAGGGAUCAGCCAGAGCCUCCGUUUCUGUGCUGGGAGACGUCCUGGGUCGUGCUCUGAAGAACAUUGGCAGUCUCCUGAAGAUGCCAUAUGGUUGUGGGGAGCAAAAUAUGGCCAUCCUCUCCCCAAAUAUCUACAUUCUGCAGUACCUACAGAACACUGGCCAGCUCACUGCAGACAUCAGGGAGAAGGCCACCAAUUUUCUUAAAAAUGGAUACCAGAGGCAGCUGAACUACAAGCACAGUGAUGGAGCCUACAGCACGUUUGGCAGAGGGGAGGGAAACACAUGGCUGACUGCAUUUGUGUUGAGGUCUUUUGGUAAAGCAAAGUCCUACAUCUACAUUGAUCCACACAUUAUUUCAUCUGCCAAGGCCUGGCUUGAGGGCAAACUAAGACCAGAUGGUGUUUUUCAUAUGCAAGGAAAACUUUUCCACAACAGAAUGAAGGGAGGUGUAAACGAUGAUGUAACGAUAACUGCUUAUAUCACUGCAUCAAUGCUUGAGCUGAGCAUGCCUGUUACGGAAAAAACACUGAUGUUUCUAAAGUCCUCGGUCAGUGACCUCUCCAACACCUACUCCACUGCUCUACUGGCCUACACCUUCAGUCUUGCUGGAGAAGAGGACAUCCAAGCUCAGCUUCUCAAACACUUGGACAGUGUAGCAACCUCUGAUGGGAGUCUCCUGCACUGGUCUCAGUCCUCAUCAGAGCGAGCUGAUUCCCUGGCGGUGGAGACGAGCUCUUAUGUGCUGUUAGCUGUUCUCACUAAAACCACACUGACUGCUGCUGACUUGGGGUAUGCUGCCAGGAUUGUCAACUGGCUGGUAAAGCAGCAAAAUCCAUAUGGAGGCUUCUCUUCCACACAGGACACGGUGGUGGCACUGCAGGCUCUGGCUCUGUACGCCACCAAUGUCUUCACCUCUGGAUCCAGCACAGUGACAGUGCAGUCAGCAGGUGGGGACAAACACCAGUUUGACGUGAACCAGCACAACACAUUACUUUACCAGGAGAGGGCGCUGCAGGACGUUCCUGGGAAGUACAGCGUAGAAGUCAAGGGCUCUGCAUGUGCUUCUGUGGGGGUGGCUCUUUUCUACAACAUCCCCACUCCCACUGAGCACUCAACCUUGAGCAUUAAGACUAAAGCCAAGCCUCUGACUGAGGGAGAGUGCAACAAGGCCAAUGGACAGGCCCUGAAUUUAAUUAUCACAGUCCUGUAUGAUGGACCACAGGAGAGCACCAACAUGGCUAUAAUAGAUGUGAAAAUGUUAUCUGGUUUCACGCCGGACUCUGCCUCUGUUGAAAGGCUAGAGGGCAGCAUACUUGUGGACCGAGUCGAUAAGAAAGAUGACCACAUCCUUGUGUAUCUGUCAGAGGUUCCGAAGGGUUUACCUGUCUCCUACCACCUGACCAUCCGACAGGAUCUUCCAGUGAACAACCUGAAGCCAGCAGUGGUCAAGGUGUACGACUACUACCAGACCAGUGACCAAGCUGAGGCAGAGUACUCCUCCCCUUGUGCAUGAGAAGGUGUCCCAAUGUAUUGAAUCUAUGUGUGUGUAUGUGUGAACUUUUUUUUGUUAUUUCAUCUCAACAGACAGCUAAAGAAAUAGGGCUUCAAAUGUAAAUUACAUUUCUUUAAAAAAAAACUGUGAAUAAAUGUCAAUUAUAUGAUGACAAAUUA